CCCCCCGCUCGUACUUUUCUUCUUCCCCCUCACUCUCUUCGUUACUCUUUUCUCUCCACUCUCGCCAUGUGGUCUCUCGUCGCUAGCCUCGCCCUCGCAGGCGCCGCCAACGCCCAGGUCACCGCCACCUUCCCCAACGGCGACACCAACCCCGCCGCCCCAGAGUUCCUCCCCAUCGGCGCCCAGGUCAACCAGACCUCCAUGUCCCGUCUUCUCUCCCUCAACGGUAUCGACGACUUCUGCCUUUACGGCCCUCCUGAGGAGGGUCCCGACUCGCUCAUCGGCAACGUUGAGCCCAUUGUCGUCGCCUACUGCACCAAGCCCCGUAACCAGGCCCGUCUGAUCCCCGACGGCGCUAUCCACUCGGCCCACCUUAUCAAGACCCCGCUUUACGUCCAGAUUUCGGGUAUGUGGGACGGCACCACCGUCAACAUCCCCGCCGGUGACACCGGUGGUGAGCUCGACCCCCACGGUGCCGAGAACAAGGGCAACCCCGUUGGCGGCAACGUCACCACCAACCUUGCCACUGGCCGUGACAUCUUCUACGAGGAGUGGAUGUCGUUCAUCUCGUUCGACCAGUUCUGCCUCCGUAUCUGCACUGCCGAGGACCCCGCCAACGGCGUCACCGCCGCCCUCCAGUGCGAGCACGAGCUUGACAUCAUGGGCUGCCGCUUCGUCAUGGCCAUUGAGGACCACUUCCGCUCCAACGGCACCUUCACCGAGUGCGACGGUGAGCCCGCCGCUCCCCCCGGUCUCUACCCCCUCCCCGGCGGUGGCACUUCGACUUUCCGCCAGCGCUACACCGGCACCUGGACCAACUCUGCCAACCGUGAGACCGGUGUCUUCACUGUCGGCCGCACUGUCACCCCCUCGGCCCCCGCCUUCUGGCCCAAGACUUCGAACUGCUUCACCUACAGCACCAUCUCGAACGGUGUCGACAUGGCCAACCUCAUGGUUACUGCCGCCCCCACCGUCCUCGCUAAGGGCUCUUCGUCGGUCGUGACUGGCAUCGCCUCCACUUCGCAGGCUGUUGUCACCACCCCCACCAAGGUCCCCACCAAGCCCGCCCAGCAGUCGAGCGGCUCUGCCACCGCCCCUGCCACCGACAGCGCCGGCCGCACCACCGGCUCCGUCGCUGCCCCCGCUGCCUCGGCUUCCACCACCGGCUCGGGCGCCUCGGCCCUUGUCGUCCCGGCCCUUGCCGCUGUCGGUGCCGCCGCUGUUGGUGUUCUCGCUGUCUUCUAAGUGACACUACUCUAGAUUCUAGGCUGUAAUACCUAGCACAGCUAUCAAUACCUCCCCUUUCCGCCCUCCUCAUCUGGCGUGAUUACCAUAGCGGCAUGCCGCUCCCCCCCAACCGGACAUUAAUCACUUCGCAUGCCUCUGUGUGCAUUGUCGCUCCUUAUGCACCGUUUCAUGACACG